AGUAGAUAGUAUCCGCCGUUAAGCGCCUGCAACAAAGUGGUCACUAUAACAAGCCUUUGCUGUAGUUGAAAACCUUUCCCUGGAGGCCUUUGUUUACGCCCGAUAGUUUCUGACACCCUGAGGGACAAGACAAGCAACGCGCACGUCCGAUAGGUUUAACAGGAUGGGCAACACCUGCACGCAUGCAACGGACGCCAUCGCGCAUCUAGUCACAGAGGAGGAAAUCCACGAAGCCGUCAAGAGCAUAGAGGAAUGGCAGAAGGCGCAGGCAGUUGCAAUAAAGAACGGAGCCCAAGGCCCGGGCACUGCCGGUCCCUUGCUUCAAAGAGUGGGCGGCCCUGACGUCGUUCGAAAGGUGGUCGAGCUGUUUUACAAAAAGCUGUACGGGGAUCCGCGUUUGGUCCCAUUCCUGCACGACCAAGAUGUGAUGCACCUGCGUGCAAAGCAGUCCGCCUUCAUCUCCUGGCUGUUCGGGCCGCCCAAUGUGCCGUACAACGGUCGCAGCGUGCGGAUCGCGCAUCUGCGCAUCAUCAAGCAGCGCAAUUUCAGCCCCGACGACUACGACCUGGGGAUGAAGUACUUUGAAGAUUCCAUGUCGGAGCUGGGAGCACCGGAAUCAAUUAUCGGCGAGGUGAUGCGGCGACUGAAGCCCUUCAAGGACGCCUUCUUCACGCCAUCCUCGAAGGAUCCGGAGGAGGAGGCGCGCUGGGCCGCGGAGGACCGCGCGCGGGAGAUAGCGGCGCAGGAGGCGCGCGAGAAGGAGGCGCGGGAAAAGGAGGAGGAGCGGCAACUACGAGAGCAGGAGAAGCUUCUGGAGGAGUUGGAGGAGGAGGAGGACGAUGACUCCGUGUCAUCGGUGUCUGAGACGGAUGCGCCGCAGGAGGUUCCGGUGGCGGAGGGGGUGGUGGUGCAGCAGCAGCCGGUGGAGGGUGUGAGGAUGUCGGGAGCUGGGAUAGCCGCCACGGGUGGUGCGAGCGGCAGCCGGCCGGCAUCCCGGCUGGGCCCGCAAUGCCCCUUCUCCGGGGCGCGUCUGGGGACCCCAACCCGGCCCGCCAGCAGCGGCAGCGCGGCCGUUAACUACCCAUCCGGCACAGCCGUACCUGCGGUCGCCUCCAUCUCCGGUCCGAUGACGUCGGCGGUGACGGGCGGGUCGCGAGCACUGCAGGUGUCGAGCAGCAUGGCCGAGUUUGAGGCGGAGCUGGAGAAGAUCGAGCGCACUUGCUCACCGCCUUCCGGAGCAACGUCUGCGGUGCAGGUGGCGAUUGACGUGGAUGCAGAGAUGAAUGGCGGCGGGCGCAACAGCAACAGCCAGCAGCAGCGGCGUGAACCCACGGCCGUGUAUUGAUUGUGGCGAUGGGAGCAGAUGGAGGAGCUGGAGGUUGUCAUGAAGGGUAACGGUCGAGGCAGUGGUGAAGAGCAACAAGAAGUUGACAAGAAGAAGCGACGGCGAAGAAGGGGAUGGCAGUUGGCGUAACUCGAAGAAGAAGGUUGUUGAGAAGAGAUCUGGUACUUGGGCUUCAGUUUGGUUGGACGCAUGUGUUUAUAGGAACAUGGGGGAACAUGUGUGUUAAGAAACGUGGGCAAUGGUACAAUAGGCAGGGGUUUGGUUGAAGAGAGGGGUUGGUUCGGUAGCGUUGUGGAUGGCUGCCACCACGAGGGGGCCUUUAUGACGGUUCUGGGGGCCAUCCAUGGGGCUCACACAGCCGCCCACUCCUGGUGGUGUUUCUGGUGCUUACUGCUUGCACCACCGGCCAUCAGGCCAUCGAUGUUUGCUCCUUAUUCACUGCGAUUUAUUAGGCCGGAGGGGAUGCUAGUGGGCUGAGUGGAAGCAAGACGAGAGGAUGUGAGGACUGGGCGGGCUGCGAACAUGCCUUGCGUCCGGCGUGUAGGGCCGACCUGUGUGUGCUCUGCCGCGGGGACCGUAUAUGCCGUACAUGAGAGUACUACACACACGACGGUGUACGAGGGUAGCGCAGGGGUGUAUGUAGCAGUAGCAGUGUAGGCUGGCGGGGGGCGCACAGAAUUGCAACGGGUGCUAGGAGGGUUGUUAGCGGGGGAGGAUUGGAGAGCGCGCGAUGUCGUACCGCGAAUGUGACUGGCUGCGUUGGGAGGGAGCAAGAGAAGGAGGAUGGGGUAGAGAGGGAACAACAAGCAAAGGUCGACGGGGGUACGUUACCCGCCUGUCUCUUGAGGCCCUUUCUGUUUGUGUGCAUGAUGUGCGUUGAUCAACAGAGAUACGCCCUCAUGCGGGUGUGUGGACGGCGGGAGGUCGGAACGUACUGUGAUUGCCGGAUGACAAAGCCCUCUGCGCGGCAUGCGAGCGGCAUGUCCUACCUGCUACCCGGCUGUGUGUGCGGAUGGUGACAAAGUCAGAGCGCAUGGCACUGACGUGUCCUUUCAAACCGAGAUCAUGACGUGCAUGGCUGUCCUGUCCCUGGUACCACUUACGUAUGGUCUCUUGUUGCCAUGCACCCUGCUCUGCUUGGCUUUUGAUGUCGGGGGUUGCGGUGUGCGGUGCCGUGAUCGACUGCUAGCCGUGAAACUGAGCAUAUAUGUCGUGUACUGUCGUAUACAUGGCGGGUGGCAUACACACGUGUGCGCGUGUUUUGCCAUCUGUGCGGCUGUCAUGUGGUUGUGCAACUCCAGGGCUAACCAACCAACUAACAACGACCUUGUGUGUGCUGUUGACAAUCGUGAGUAGCAGCGGUGCUGUCGUCGUCCUUGCUGCUGCUGUUGCUGUUGCUGCUGCUGCCACUCCUGUUGUUGCGGGUAACAUGAUGGCGGUUGGCGUGCUGUCGCUUUCCCGUUGAUGUGUUGUACCAUAGUGCCGCCGGAAUAAUGGGCGGGCCCUGUCCCGCCCGUCCAACACUGCUUGAAGGCGUGACGUGUGGGGCGUGGUGGGGCGUGUGUGUGGGGGCGACCACCGUUUGCGCGUUUUCCCAUUAUACAUACACUGUUCAAUUGGACACGCUUGUUGCUAGGUGGGUUGUCGCCGGUUGAAGACCUUUCCAGGCUGUGGGAUGGGAGGUGUCAAACCGGUAAGGUUAAAUGACGUCAACCCUGGGCACCCGCACUGAAGAGACGGGAGGGCGUCCGGUACCGGGGACCUCACUUGGUGCUUCUUGAUGCACAUUGGCUCUGCCCUACUUUGCAAUGCUUAGGUAAAUAAGUUGGCUCCAGUUUUAAACGUUGUCAGGUCUGGGGAUGACAACUAACAAGUGCGUACGCAUGUCCGUUGACUGUUGUUGCCUCGGUAGUCCUGCGUCCUUGGGAGGGAUUGCAUGCAUGCGGUAGGGUUCGCAAGGGGUGUAACAAGCUGUGGGAGUCUUGUGGCUGCAUGCCUGCCUGCCUUUAAAGGCAAUUCAAAGUGUGAUUCAGGUCUUUGCAUUUUUUGUUCAUGCAAACCGCAUGUUGUGUUGUAGUUUGUGUUGCCCCUCGUCGUGAAGAUCUUGGGAGUAAGGGGCACUGGGAAGGUUCGAACGGGCCCUUGUGGGGAUGUUUUGUGUGCUGUGUGCUUCAUGUUGAAGGAUUGGACAACAGAGGGCCGGGUGAAGUACAGGGAGAGAAAUAACAAGGGCUGGCUGAACGCAAUCGUCUCUACGUAUGAAAAGUUGCAAAGCACGAAACGUGUUUUUCUGAGUCCCGACCAAGCGGGUUGGCCGUCUGCCUGCUGUAGUGUGGAACGCUCGCUGUUACGAGAGAGCGAGCGAGGGGUUUACGGGUACACGGCGUUUCGGUGGGGUCAUUUAACUCCAAUGUGCACGUGUGCUUUGUGUCCAUGCGCUUGUUGUUUUCUGUACCACAGAGGUGUUGGGAAAAUAAUAAAUCACCCGCUUCAACUGUCCCGGCAACGUGCUCUCUUCGCUGUUACGGUAUUGCCAUUAUUACUGGCACGGCACGUGGGGCGGCAGGGACUCUACUUUGUUGCACGUUGCACAUGCCUUGUCUUGUCCAUGCCUUGCGGGGGCAAGGGGCACCUGGUCGGGUGGUGUUUUCUGGGUUGUUAAGCAUGCAUGCAUGCAUGUGUUCCCAGCAGACGGCGGGUAGCAUGCUGCGUUGUUGCCAUGGUGCUGCUGCUGCCGAGUUGAUGAGCGAGGGGCUUAGCAGCGCCUGCAGUGCUACCGGCUCCUGUUUAUGGGCGCAUGACGUGCGCAUGAACCAUGGGUCAUCACUGUUCAUAACUGCGGUCUUCCUGUACGGGGUGUUUGCCUCUGCGGGUGUGAUGCAUGCCUUUGUGAUCACGGGCCUGUUUAUUGUCCGGGAUCUUCGUAGAAUGCAUGCUCGGUUGCCUGCAGUGCAGACGUCUGUUGACGGCCUUGCUUGUUGGUCCGUUUGUAUGUCCUGCAUACCUCGUGACGCCCUAGCUUGCGAAGUGCUUCUUGAUGCACUGGGGGGCCAGCGAACGUAAUUUGUAAGUGUGCCCUGCCGUGCGGUUGGAUGAGGCAAAGAAUAUAGGCAGCCAGUGACUUUGUGACUGGCGAUAUAUAUAAAAUAAGCUAUGCAUGGGCAGGGCGGUGAUGGCUGGCAAGGAGGAACGGCGUUGCCCUCCUCUGCUGUCAUCUGUAUUGUACAUUGGCCCCACGCAUCUGUCCCAUACCGUCCCGGGUCGACCCCGGCUGUAACUGUUGAUUGCCCGCGGCUGCCUUGUAACAAAUGAGCUGUAAUUACUCCAGUCA